AUGGAUUGUUGUCGCCACACGGUGCACCGCCACAGCCGGCUGGCAGCUUGGCGUCUCGAUCGCCUCCAACUUUCUCCCGGAUUCCCCAUCGAGACCACCACCAAGUCAUGGACCCUCAAGCGGUCCGCGAAUACCAGCUCAUGGAGCAACCGGACUGUUGGCACACCAGCUUUCGAUAAGAUGUCUUCACCAGCCGUCGAAGGAACGCCACUCGUUGAGCGCGAGCUCCGAAUGCAACAGCGCCCUAGUCACCCUGCCAGAACUCCUUCCAAUACUUAUGCACCGCAACGACGGCCUCCCCCAUAUAUUAGCUUUCAAGACGACCGCCAGCGGUCGUCGUCUAAUAAGCGAACUCCGAGACGGAAUCCGGAUGCUCAGUAUCGAGCACAAGAGAAAGCGUACGUCCAACGCAUCCGUGAGGAUCCGCAGGGAUGGUACAGCCGGUUUGAAGAUACCGGGAUGGGUGUAACUGGUGAUGCCUCUGACCUUGAGGAUCCUUCGCCCUCCUCGGAAUUGCCGUUUGAGGAUGAUACAUACGAUCCUGACAUUCAGCUUUUCAUUGCCGAUGAUAACCAGCCUUCAAUGGAGGAGCUUAAGAAUCCGAAGAAUCAGGAACGGCUUGAGUGGCAUUCUAUGUUGGCUUCGGUGUUAAAAGGCGAUGUCGUUAAGCAGGAGAAGCAGCGGUUACUUGGUUCCGCAGAGCCUAAUAGAUCAGCUGCUCAGAACCAUGCAAUCUGGCUUGGUGUUCGAGCUAGGACAUGUGGCCGGAGCUUGACACUGCAACGGAAGCUCAUUGAGGAUGCAAGAUCUGGUCUUGGGCCUAUCAUCGAAAAUAUCAUCAAUUUCGAGAUCAAAGGUGAGACUGAGAUUGGGAAAUCGCCUAUCAAGCAGGUAGAGGAUAUUGUUGAGCAAAUUGGGAAAUGUGAGGCGCUUUAUCCAACCCAUAAAGAGCUUGAAACAGCGCAUCCUCGCGUUGCUUCGGAAGAGUACUGCUCAAGUCGCGAUGCUGUGUUCGCCUGGCAUAACACUACCAUUCUGAUCAAUACGGAGCUUGCUAUUUUGCAGAAGUGGGUCGGGAAUGCCGAGCUUGACUUUAGCAAAGCUGGAUUGAAGCCUGCUAAUAGUGAUCUUUCCGAUGAAUCAUCCUUUCUUGAUCGUAUCAUGAAAGAGGACGGCCUCAAAACCCUUCAAGGGGAGCACAACAUGCUGAAUGGCAUUGGGGCGGUAAUCCAGAAGGCGAAGAAUACUUUGAUAGAGAACGCAACUUCCUUCGCCAAACGACAUUUACCACCUUACAUUGAGGAACUUCUCAUCCUCAUCAACUUCCCUUCUCGUUUGAUCCAAGAGAUUAUCCGCGUUCGGCUAUCCUACGCACGGAAUAUGAAGGACCCGGCACAACAAUCCCCCAUCCUGGUUGACCAGAUGAUUACACAGUUCCAGAUUCUGAUGAGAGCUGCCGUAGAUAUCAAGCAACGGUAUCUUGAUAUCGCCCGACCGGAACCGGGCUGGGAUCUUCCACCCUGCAUCGACGAAAGCUUUGAUAGUGUCGUGCUCGAUGCUCUGCGAUACUACUUUCGGCUACUCAAUUGGAAGUUGCAAGCAAACAAGAACACGUUCAAAGAGGCGGAAAUUCUGGAGCAGGAAUGGGAUUUCUGUAACGAAAUCGGUCGUCAGCUUGAUAGCGGUGAUAUUGAAGUUGCGGAGCAGUUUAGUGUCUUGACUGCUAGGGCUAUCCAUCGCUUGCUGAUUCAUUUUGAGCGCGAGCUGCACGUCCAGGAGGAUGAAGACCCGGCGGAGCUGGAUAAACGAUUUAAAGGUAUCCUGGAUUCAACUCGUAUUCGGCAACGGAAGCUUUACCGAUUCUCUCGGUUUUUGCGCCAAUUGUUUGAAAACGCCUCUGAAUAUAAUCUUCCGGCGGACAUCUCAUGGGACUUCUUCGAAGCCCUGUUUGUAUCGGAUCACUUUCUUAUCAAAUCCAAUGCGUCCUCCGCUCAGAAGGGUGUUUAUUACUUUGCGCAUCCUGCGCUCUGGAACCGUCCAGAUGAGAUUGCGGCUAUUCUCGGAACAUCAUUCCGUGAAGAAGAGGUCGGGAAAGAGCUCACCCAUGUGCCAUACGUGCUUGCUGUACGUCCUGAAAAGCCGUUAUCCUGGGCGGGCAAAGAGAUGCAGGUUGAGCUGGUUGAGCAACCCACCGACUUGCGGCUUGGGAAGCUGCGCCUUAUCGUUGAGGGAUCACAGCAGCGCCUAGUCAACGCGAGGCUUGAACUAACUCACUUGACCGGCAUUCAACUCGACAUGGCCAUUGAGCAACGUGCAAACCUUAGUCGUGUCAACGCCGAACUCAAUAGGAUUAAGAAGAUAUCGUUCAAACUCUCCAUGACUAUUAUGGACAGCGUCGCGAUUCUUAGAAGACAGUUAAGGGAGAAAGGCGUGGAAAACACCGAACUCAUUCAGGCAUGCUACGCCUUCGCGACAGAAUUCGGUAAACGUUCAUCGAACGUUGAUCCUAACCGACGUGCAAUGAACAGUGCUAGACUGGCAGAGUUAUCUUUAGACUGGGUCUCGUUCAUCUGUGAUGAUUGUGAUGCUGCUGAUCGGAAGACCUUCAAGUGGGCCGUGGCUGCCCUUGAGUUUGCGAUGGCCAUAACGUCUAGCAGACAUCUUCUUUCAAUGGACGAUGCACAUUUUGCACGAUUGCGGCAGAAAGUGGCGGGCUGUAUGUCGCUUCUUAUCUCUCACUUUGAUAUCAUGGGCGCACGGUCUUCACGUGCAGCCCAGGCUGAGAAGCAACGUAUGGAUGAAAGCGCUCGUUCCUGGAAGAUUGGCGCUGGCCGAAUCCUUACUGACGAGGAAGCCAUGAGGCUCGUUCGUGAGCAGCGUCUCAUAAGCUUGAAUGCCAUCGAGGAAGGUCGGGUUGAGGCAGAUGCCAAACGUCAGGCUCUAGGAAGGGUUCUUGAAGGAACAAAUGAGGCUGAUAAAUCUCUCGCGGUGUUAUCUUCGUCGGCGACGAACGUAACAUUACGUUGGCAGCAGGGUCAGUACAUCGGAGGUGGUACAUUUGGGUCUGUCUACGCUGCGAUCAAUCUGGACAGCAAUUACCUCAUGGCAGUUAAGGAGAUUCGUUUGCAAGACCCACAGCUUAUUCCUAAGAUCUCGCAACAAAUCCGUGACGAGAUGGGUGUCUUAGAAGUCUUGGAUCAUCCCAACAUCGUGUCAUACCAUGGCAUUGAAGUCCAUCGCGACAAGGUGUACAUCUUCAUGGAAUACUGCUCCGGUGGAUCCCUCGCCACCCUCCUUGAGCAUGGCCGUGUCGAGGACGAGACGGUUAUCAUGGUUUAUGCGCUCCAACUUCUAGAAGGUUUAGCGUAUCUCCAUCAAUCCGGAAUCGUGCACCGCGACAUCAAGCCCGAAAAUAUCCUGCUUGACCACAACGGCAUUAUCAAGUACGUAGAUUUCGGAGCAGCCAAGAUUAUCGCUCACAACCAGGUCGCACCCAACCGGGGCAAGAACCAGAAAACCAUGACCGGAACUCCCAUGUAUAUGUCCCCGGAAGUCAUUCGCGGCGACACCAGCAAGCUCGUACACCGCCAGGGCGCCGUCGAUAUCUGGUCUUUGGGCUGUGUUAUCCUGGAAAUGGCCACGGGCCGUCGUCCCUGGUCGAGCCUGGACAACGAGUGGGCUAUCAUGUACAAUAUCGCCCAGGGCAAUCAGCCAGCGCUGCCGUCUCGCGAUCAACUCAGCGAUUUGGGCCUCGACUUCCUCCGUCGCUGUUUUGAAUGUGAUCCUAUGAAACGGCCAACCGCGGCGGAACUGCUCCAGCACGAAUGGAUUGUCUCGAUCCGUCAGCAGGUUGUGAUCGAGACGCCUACGCCGAGUAGCGAGCAUAGCGGUAGCAUCAGCAGUUCGAACUCGGGAAGUCGACAUAGCUCAGCGUAUAUGUAA